CUUUUGUAUCAAUUAAUGGCUUUCGUCACCCUCGGGUGUCGGCCAGUACAUGUCUAUCCUGGUAUUCGGGGAAUAUCAGGGUCGGGGCGUGUCAAAAACAACUUGCCCUGCUGGCAUGAACAGGUAAAAUGUAUUUAUUAUAUCCAACUUGUCAGGUUAAUUACUAAUAAAUUAGCAUGGUGCAUAUACAAAUUGGAGUCUUGGUCUUGGGAUUAUACAUACAAAAAUUUAUUACAGAUCUUCCGGAUGCUAUACAAAUUGGAGUCUUGGUCUUGGAGUAUACAAAUUUAUUACAGAUCUUCCAGAUGCUAUAUUACAUCACAUACUUUGAGUUCGUUAUAUACAACAACAACAAAGUCUUUUCUCAUUAAAUGAGGUCGGUUAUAUGAAUCUUAGAACGUCAUUAUGCUCUGUUAUGUGUCACGUCUUCCGUUAAAUCCAAGUACUCUAAUUCUUUUCUUAGAGUCUCCAAUUUGUAAUGAAUAGGUCAAACAACGAAAUACAUUUAUUCAUAUAUAUCAAAUAUAUAUACAAGUAAAUUUUUUUUACAAGCCUAUGAAAUAGUCAGAAAUAAGUAAACAAUGAAAUACUUGGUUUCAUAUGAUUACAUUGGAAGGAAUCGAAUUUUUGUACAGGCAAGUUGUUCGUUAUAUAAUACAUUUAUUUUGCAUUUUCGGGAAGGACGAGUACUGUGGCUGGUCAUGAUGGGAGAGGUCUGUUUUGUUUGGUCAUUUUCUGGUGUGAGAGAAGAGGGGUGUUUGGAUAUAGUAAAAAUACUUGAUGGUUGUUUGGUUUAAUGUCGUUUAAAGGGUUUCGAAAUGAAACGUGGUUGACCAGUUGACCUUAUCCGUUUCAGAAGUUAGUAUAUGGGAUCCUGAGACCCCAAGAAAAAUUAUCCUUUUAAGAAUUAUUAAGCUCGUUAAUUCGGUGUAGCAGCUUGAGCUUAUGGCUGCCCCCACAGUGGCUUUAGAUAUUGAGAACUGGACACGGGGAACUGAGAGGUUCUCAAAAUAACAGCAUCGGGAGACAAUUAACUAAUUACAUUAGAACAGAUGGAGGACGUUCACGUUCAUCAACCGGGACGGGAAAAGGGGCAACCGUGAAGGAAAUUCUUGAUCCACGGGGACGCUUCGGCGUAAUAUGGUCUAAGAUGUUUGUGAUUUCAUGUGCGAUUGCAGUCUCGCUCGAUCCUUUCUUCUUUUACAUUCCGGUCGUUGUUGAGGAGAAGAAAUGCAUAAGGAAGGACACGAGUUUGAGGACUGUAGCUCUCCUCUUACGUUCACUCACGGAUAUGACUUUCAUAAUACAUAUUUUACAUGAAGUUCGUGUUACUAGUACCAACACUACUGCUGUGGCCAUCUCCAUCUUAGUUGACUUUCUCGCCAUUCUUCCCAUCCCACAGGUGGCAAUAUUGUUGUUCUUUCUAGAUCUGAAUGGCUUUGAGUAUUUUUACAAAAGGAGUAAGAUUUUGAAUGCGUUUCUUCUCCUUCAAUAUCUACCAAAGGUGUAUCGGAUUCACUUGACCUCUAAGAAACUUAAGCCAAACACUGGAAAAUGGGCUAAAGGGGCAUUCAAUUUCUUCCUCUACAUUCUUGCUAGUCAUAUAACAGGAGCCUUUUGGUACUUCUAUUCUAUUCAACGAGAGAUAUCAUGUUGGCAUCGUGCUUGUAUGCAUCAUCCUACAACUCCAGCAUGCAUGUCUACAUAUUUAUGUGAUGGUGCCACUACUACAACUUCAAGAAAUAUCUCCUUCCUUGGUGAAAAGUGUCCUACCAAUCCAACAAAUGCAACCCUAUUUGAUUUUGGAAUGUUUAGUAGUGCCCUCGAGUCUGGUACCACGCGGUCAAUGAACAUUCCACCAAAGAUCAUUUACUCUAUUUGGUGGGCUCUGCGAAAUUUAAGUUCUUUUGGUCAGAAUCUUCAAACGAGUACUUAUGCGUGGGAAAACGGACUUGCAAUUCUUAUUUGUGUCAUGGGUUUGCUACUGUUUCUACACCUUCUUGGGAAUGUGCAGACAUUCAUUCAGUUGGCAACUAUGAAAUCAGAGGAAAAAAGACUAAAUUCAGUGUUAUCUAUGAAGACGCAAAGGAAAAGGGUAGAUAUACAUAUGUGGAUGGACAAAAAUGGUAUCCGUGAUAAGCAUAUGAAGACAGGAAUCAUGAAAAACAUAGAACAAAUAUUGAAAGGAAACAAAGACGUUGAUAUGGAGAACUUAUUCUCUAUGCUACAAUGGCGAGUCAGAAAAUCCAUAAAGCAUCAUCUUUGCAUGGAUACGAUUAAGAAAGUUCCUUUGCUUCAUAAUUUGGAUGAACAAGUAUUGCAAGCAGUAUGUGGGAACCUUAAGCAAGUAAUGUAUGCCGAGGAUAGUUUUAUUGUCCGAGAAGGGGAGCCACUUGAUAAGAUGUUAUUCAUCACACAAGGCAUUGCAUGGAUCUACUCAUCGUCGUCUAGCAACACUGGAGGCAAUGGAUGUCUUCAGAAAAGCGACUUCUAUGGCGAACAACUUCUAAGUUGGGCACUAAAAUCCUCCUCGUUUUCUGAUAUUCCCAUCUCGACCAGAACUGUUAAGUCCCACACCAAAGUUGAAGCCUUUGCUCUCAUGGCCGUCGACGUGAAGUGUGUAGUCUCUAGACUCUGGUGGCAUUUCAGCAAGGAGAUGUCCAACUCGGAGGAUCCUAGGCCGGAGCAAUGGGAGCUCUUAGCAGCUUCUUCCAUACAAGCAGCUUGGCGCAGCCGUCAGGCAAGGAAAGUCGGAAGACUAUAAACCGUUGCCAAUUUACUGAGGCCCUGAGGGUCGUAGCUAGUAUCAAAAAGUUGGAAGACUAUGGAGUAAUUGUAAUUAAUUGCAACAUGAUUAUAAUAAUGAAUGGUUUUGGAAAAAAAAAAA